AUGUUAUACAAAAACAACUCAUCAAAGGACAAGCGUUGUACUGAGAGAGAGAGAGAGAGAGAGAGAGAGAGAGAGAGAGAGAGAGAGAGAGAGAGAGAGAGAGAGAGAGAGAGAGAGAGAGAGAGAGAGAGAGAGAGAGAGAGAGAGAGAGAGAGAGAGAGAGAGAGAGAGAGAGAGAGAGAGAGAGAGAGAGAGAGAGAGAGAGAGCACCCUUCCACCCUGACACCUUCGCGUGUGCGAAUUUGA